AGGGGGUCGCUCCGCCAAUGGAAAGCGCUGUGGCGUACGGCGGCGCUCAGGGGAGGGUGUAUUUUAGCUGGGCAGAUGUUAUAUCGCCUAAGUGUAACUGAUCAAAAAGCAAGUCAUACAGCUAAACUACAAGUAAGCAAACUAACAUUGGAACAGUAGUAAUAUAGCUAAAGAGCUUGUCAUUUAAGUAGAAGACUAGUUUGUGGGAAAACGGUAUUCAACAGCGAAAGCUCCAGUUGCGCGCACAUCAUGGCUGACAGGAAGGCUGUGAUAAAGAAUGCUGACAUGUCUGAGGACAUGCAGCAGGAUGCGGUGGACUGUGCCACGCAGGCCAUGGAGAAGUACAACAUUGAGAAGGACAUUGCUGCCUACAUCAAGAAGGAGUUUGACAAGAAGUACAACCCCACGUGGCAUUGCAUUGUGGGCAGGAACUUUGGCAGCUACGUUACUCACGAGACGAAGCAUUUCAUCUACUUCUACCUUGGGCAGGUGGCAAUCCUCCUCUUCAAGUCUGGCUGAGCCAGGAGAAGCUGCAGAGCCUCCAAGGCUGAACUGUGAUGCACUGGUGGUUGAAGCCACACCUCCUCAUUCACAUUUAAACAAAUAAGUACAAAGAAGAAAAAAAAGGAAAAUCAUGAUACAAACUGGCUUUGCUGACUGCAUGCACAAUAUUAAAUGUGUGUGUGUGUGUUGCAGUAAAAUAAUUUUUCUUUGGUUGCCUUGAAAAAGUAAACAUCAGGGUUUUUGUUCAUGCUUUUUUAUUGCACUGAAGUGAUGAAUGCUUUGAUAGUGGCCUUUAAUUAUAAAUAAUGGCUUGACACUAAAUUUAAACUGAAUAUGGCAGGAUAUCUAAUUUAUAUGCAAAGAGUAACCCACUACAUUUUGGUUUGGAGAGGAUUUGAUGUCUAAUUCCCGUGACACUAGUGCUACAACUUUAAAAACAUUAAACUGCUGUGGUGUCUUGAACUCUUUGUCUUGCUAUGAUUCAUGUCUUGUAUUUCUGUAACAUUUUCUUAAUGAGUAAGAUUGCCACACAAGUGAUUGAAAAUGAGACAGAAAACUUGUGUGACAAAAUGUUCAUGUUCUAUUGACUGUUUUUUCUGUUGAAAACACAUAAAGCUUUCUCAUUUUUAGUA